ACUACAAACGUUACAGCAACUCAAGAAACUACAAACGUUACAGCAACACAACAAGAAACUACUAAUCUUACAAUAACAGUGCAAAAAUCUGCAAAUCUUACAGUACCUGGAAAUGUAAAUUCCCUCUUGGAGACCGAAAGAAUGAACGUAAUCCUGACUGGUGACAACCAGAUGUCUGAUGUCUUGAACGAGGACUCUGAGGAAAGACUCACCCGAGGGGACGUGUUCUCUUACUCUGUUCCUCAGUCCAGGUCCAACACCAACAGCUCCCUCGGUCUGCCAGAGACACGAAGGACAGAUGAGAAUAACACAGCAGCUAACGUGUCAGCAGAUGCAUCAUUGUCCUCUCCAGACGUUGGAGAGUUCAACGUCAGCAGCACAGACAGAUGCAAACCGACAAUCCUUGUGUCUGAAGUGGAGAACACUGACAACACAACCGGUGGUAUCGACUCGCUGAGCACUGGAGCAGAGCUGGAGAACACCACAUCUCAAAAUAUAUCCAGAUCCAACUCUUCAGGCUUGAUAAGUUCGGAGAUGAGCGAGUUGUACGAGACAGCGUCUGCAGAAAGUAACGAGAUGGUGGAUUGGGAGAAGAGUGGUGGAGUCAGAACGGGAAGUUCUGAGGAGCUUAAUGUCUCCGAGAGUGUAGAAGAAGUUCUGAUCUACCUCACAGAAAACAACAAGGAGGCGAUUAAAUCCACCUCUGUCAAAACACAGGGCCACAACUGGACUUAUGAGGGAACUCACCAAAUGGAGCCCAUGGAGAUUCCUGACCACAUGGUUAAAUAUUUCGAGAGACAGACCCCUCAGACAACGCCAGCUCCAAAGAGGAAGGUGAAGACGGUGAACCUCCGACAGAGGCCGCAGAAGGGUGAAGGCAUGAAAACCAAGAGGAGGAAGGUGUACAAGCCUCUGGCCAGGAGCGGUUUGCCAUUCUCUCCUCGUGGUUUCAAUCCAGCUAUGUCGCCACGCGGGGCUCGACCCAACGCGCCGGCCGCCAUCUCUGAUGAGGCGGUGCUGACUGACCAGCCCGUGGUGAUCGGCGUGCCGCGGCCUGACUUCAGUGACUAUGAGCUGUAUGUUCCUGGAGAUGAGCCAGAUCAUCUCGGGCUGGAUGAGCAAGACGUGAAAGCAAAUGAAUAUGAAUAUGUGUCCUUCAAAGACCCCUACAGCAGCGACGAAGACAUCAAGAAUCUCAACCUGGACGAGACCACCAAGUACUACUUAAAAAACGUAGGCCCCAACGUCAAGACGUAUUUCAUCUCUGCAGAGGAGGUGGAGUGGGACUACAGCGGCUACGGACAGAGGAGACAAGACAAAGCGCAGUAUAACACCCGGAAAACAGCGUUCACCAAGGUGGUUUUCAGAGGUUACACGGACAGUAGCUUCAACACGCCCGACAUCCGCGGAGAGAUAGAGGAGCAUCUGGGAAUCCUGGGGCCGGUCAUCAAGGCCGAGGUUGAACAAAGCAUCAUGGUGGUGUUCAGGAACAACGCCAACCGGCCGUACUCCAUUCACCCAAAUGGAGUUUCCUACACCAAGCAGUCAGAAGGUCUGUCCUAUGAGGACGGCUCCAAGUACUGGUACAAGUAUGACAACGAGGUUCAACCCAACACCACCUUCACAUAUCUCUGGAAGGUCCACCCCAUGGUCGGGCCAUCGCAAGACGAGUCUGACUGUCGGACCUGGGCCUACUACUCAGGUGUCAAUCCUGAGAGGGACAUCCACUCCGGCUUGAUCGGACCUCUGCUAGUGUGUCGGGAGGGAACCCUGAGCCGGGACCUAUCAGACAUUCGGGAGUUCAUUCUGCUGUUCAUGACCUUCGACGAGUCUCAGAGCUGGUUCUACGAGAAGAACCACGAGAUGAUGCAGAGGAAAAGUCGGAGGAGAAACUUUGACUCUAACUUCAAGGGAGACCUCAAGUUCCACUCCAUCAACGGGAUCAUUUUCAACCUGAAGGGUCUGAGGAUGAACACCCACAAGCUCGUACGCUGGCACCUCAUCAACAUGGGUUCUCCCAAAGACUUUCAAAGUGUCCACUUCCACGGACAGACGUUCCUGCAAAAGAGGAUCAACAGCUACAGACAGGCUGUCCACCCUCUGCUGCCCGGGAGUUUUGCGACUCUGGAGAUGUUUCUGUCCAAACCUGGUCUGUGGCAGCUGGAGACACUAGUUGGUUUCAACCAACAGAAGGGAAUGCAGACUCUCUUCCUGGUUCUAGAAAACGACUGUAACCGUCCGCUGGGUCUACAGUCUGGCAGCGUGACAGAUGCUCAGAUCACAGCAAUCAACACCAGAGGAUACUGGGAGCCGCAUCUUGCCAGACUGGACAAUCAGGGUAAAUACAAUGCGUGGAGCACAGAGGUGGAAAACAGCUGGAUCCAGGUGGACUUCCAGCGGCCGGUUGUGAUCAGUCAGGUGGCCACUCAGGGAGCCAAGCAGAUGUUUAAGUACCAAUACGUGAUCAAGUACUUAAUCUCCUACAGCACCGACCGCAGGAAGUGGAUCUUCUAUAAGGGCAACAGCAGCGACCUCAGGAAGGUCUUCAGUGGGAACGAGGAAUCGUACGCGUCAAAGAGAAACACCUUCUCUCCACCUCUGAUUGGACGGUUCAUCAGACUCCACCCCAUCCGCUGGUACAACAAGGCCACAGUUCGCAUGGAGUUCUACGGCUGCGAGCUCGACGGGUGCUCGGUGCCUCUGGGGAUAGAGAGCGGAGACAUAGCAGAUAAUCUCAUCACUGCCAGCUCCACGGCCUCCAGCUGGUACUCUGGAUCCUGGAAACCGUCCCUCGCUCGCCUCAACAGACAGGGCACCAUCAACGCCUGGCAGGCCAAGUAUAACGACAGGAACCAGUGGCUGCAGGUGGAACUGCCCAAGGUGAAGAAGAUCACAGGUAUAGUAACGCAGGGAGCCAAGUCUCUGGGGACAGAGAUGUACGUCAUUUCCUACACUCUGCAGUACAGCGACAACGGGAUCCACUGGAUCCAGUACACAGACGACGAGGAGCUCCCGGUCAAGACGUUCUCAGGAAACACUGACAACAACAACCACGUGAAGAACUACAUCUACCCGCCCAUUUUCUCACGCUUCGUCCGAAUCAUCCCCAGGAGCUGGAUGAGCUCCAUCACCAUGAGGAUAGAGCUGCUGGGCUGCGACUUCGAUUGAUGCAACACACACACACACACACACACACACAGACACACACACACACAGACACACACACACACACACACACACACACACAGGUGAGUUUUCCUUUAACCAACAACAUUUUACACCAGUUUCAGAAAAUCAAACCACCCGUAAACUUUAGAACCUCAGAGAAUCUCUCAGCUCACUUUGACCAUCACUUCUAUAUUAGAAAAAAUAAAAAUAGUUUUUAAGGCCUGAUUCUAUUCUACUCUUAAAAUGUUACUGUAGAAAAUUUGCUUAAAGUUUCUGUCAUUGAUUUUAGACAACUUUUUUCCCUUGCAGUUGCUAUCCCUUACCAGUAGGUGAUGCUGCAGCCCCCUCACUUCCGGCGUCCCAGUUCCUUUAAAUUGAAUGAAGCUUCACCAAAUUACACACACACACAAAUUAGUUCCCUAAAUAUGUCAGAUUUGUUUCAUCAGGAUCUUUGUACUUUCUCUUGAGAAAAAUGUAAAUAAGAAAACUCACUGUAAAGAGGAUAAAACAUAUAAAACUAUACUGAAUCACAGCUUUUACAACGUAAACAAUGUACUUGUAUUUGUGUAAUCACUGCUCACGCUCUGGUUUCAUGUGAUAAAGUUCUUCACCCUUUUGUCAAUAUUCUUGUGUUUUUGAAAAACUUUUAUGCAUUUUGUACUCUGACAUGUUUAACUUGUUACUUUAUGAAAUGAAUAGAGAUGAAUGUAAAUAUGUAAGUAGAGGCCUUGUAAUUUAUUUUGCAAUAAAUAUGAU